AUGGCUACUGCCGAAGGUCCUGCCAGGGUGCACGACCGAAAUGCACGUCGCCACCCAUUCUCAAGUUGGAUGAAACGCCUAGCGAACCUCAAGAGCUCUUCCGACUCCACCACAAAUCGAUGGCACAACAAGCGCCAUGCGGGUACUAAGGGCAAAAAGGGCGAGCAAGCCAACAACCCCUAUCCACUCUCUGGAACCGUCGACCGUGUCACAGGGACUCAGACAUCAACCGAUUCAUACACCGAUGAGCGUUAUGGCUCAGAGUCUCGCUCCAGGAGCGACCCAUCUUUUUAUUCGGGCUACGAUAACCCGGCUCCUCAAACAGGUGCAAAAUCCACCGCGCCGACCAUAUCCACCACCGGCGACGCAGCAUUCUCCGACGCCGCGUAUUCCAAGGCAGGUACAUUGGCAACUGGCACUGAAGGCCUAAGUACCCAUGGAGGAGGAGAGGGUAGCACCUUCUCAUCACCCGCACCUUCGGUCCGAUCGUUAGCCACCACUCUCACCACUGUGCACUCUGCGGCACCCUCGACCCAGUUGUACAACACGCAAAACAGCCAUCAUGGACAUCACCAUGGCAGCUCAACACAGGGCGCCUCGAACCAGCAGGUUCAGUUUUCUCAUCAGUUCCCAUCGACCUCCUCAGCCGCCCCCGCUAGCGCAGUUCCCCCACACUUGGCUCCCCAGAACCAUGGAAUGACGUACAGCACUGCAACCGCAAACAAUGCAUUGACUGACAAUGCCUCUCUUCUUACCUUGGCAAGUUCGUCUAAGCGUCGUCGCCGUAAUUCCUUGGAUACCAAUGCCUCCGUACGCGCAUUGGCUCCAUCUUCCGUUUUCGGCGGUAGUCGUGAGAGCCUGCCGCUGAGUGUAUUGAGUGGAAACACGAACGAGGCAUCGAAUACUUCUGUGCUGAACGCCCCGGGAGUACUGAGUCGACCGAGUAUUGUUGGACUCGCUAGCGCCGAGCGCAUCAGUGUCUACUCUGCCUCCGGAGCAACUCCAUUAGCCGGCGCCAAUUCUGAGCGGACCAGCUUGUACGCUGCGAAGCAAACUGCCGGCGGUGAUGGGGCCAGCAUCCGCAGCGGUAUUCAGUCACAUAGCCGAAAUGACAGCACGUCCGCUAGCAUGGUUGGAGGUGUCACAAUUCCGUUGGCUCUAACCGGUCGUAUGAGUCGCAGAAGCUCGGGCUGGGGAGAAAUUACAGGAGAGGAAGAUGAAGUUGAAAAGUCAGUACAGAAUAACGAUGAUGGAACAGCGACGAGAGAUACAAAUGACUCUAUCAAGAAAUGA